CCGGCAUCAUUAUGGAACUUUCUGCAAAUAUGCAACUGAAUAUGUUGCUUCAGCCUAUACAAGGACUUAGUUUAUACAGAAAUAUGCCAAAGAUUUACAUGCCGAUAUUCUAUUUUAGUCAAACAGUUGAACUGAACGACGAUUUAGCAAUUAAACUAAGAGUAAUUCAAGGAUUACCGGACUAUUUACGAUAUUCUUCAUUCUUUUUAAUUGUAAUAGGAAUAUUCCUAACCAUUUGGGCUGCAUGUUUAAUGCUUAAUUUUUGUUUGCCUUCUGAUAUUAUUAAAAAAUACUUUCCAGAAGAAAUUCCUUUAAAUGAAAAGAUAGUAAAGAUGUGACAAAAAUAUUUAGAUAAUAUUUUUAUACC